CCCGGAAGCAGAAGGAGUUUCCUCCGAGGGCGGAAGGGGAGAGAGGUCGUGCUCGGCUCCGCGGCGUCUCCUCAUGGCUCGCGUGCCGCGCACGCUGCUGAUCUUCGGCGGCUUCGUGGCCGUGGUGGGGGCGGCCUUCUAUCCCAUCUACUUUCGGCCCCUGACGCACCUCGAGGAGUACAAAAAGGAGCAAGCAAUAAAUCGAGCUGGUGUUAUACAAGAAGAUGUUCAGCCUACAGGAUUAAAAAUAUGGUCUGAUCCAUUUGGAAGAAAGUAAGGACUUCAUUGGGUGGGAUCUCACCAAUGAAUGUAUUUUCCCUUAUUCCAUCAGUGAUGCACCUACAGUAGUUCUUUGAGUCAACCAAGAUCAUGCAGAAAAAGGACUCCACACGUGAAAUUGUUUUAUAAUAUCACUUUACAUAAAGAGCAGUAGCAGCUGCUGGCUCUCAAGAGAUAAAGCCCACUUUCCCCCCAGUGAUGUAGUAGAAAACGCUGCACUGAAUGUUUUCUAUUAAGCAAAUGGAAUAAUUGCCUUUUUCUUCAUUGGAGGAAUGAAGGAGAAUUGCUUUGGUGAAUGUAGUGUAGACAUUACCAGAGUAGAUUAUGGAACUAAUGAGGUGUGAGAGAGUUUUAAAUUAUGUACAUUGAUUGUAACAUUUUGUGUUGAACUAAACUGUAGUACUGCAGUUCAGUUUUCAUGGAUUUUUGUUGUUGUUAAGAGAAAAACUCAAUUUCAGAUAACUUAUUAAUGUGUAAACUUGCUGUUCGAAAGUAAAGAUUUGAGUGCAUUUCUAGUAUAUAAAUCUUUUGAAUGACUUUACAUAUCUUUUUGUCUUUUCCUGGAACUUCUGUAAGUAGUUCUUUUCAUAGAAAACUUGGCAAUGCUUUUAAUUUUUUCUGCUAACCUGGUUUCAAUUUGAAACUGCAGAAAUAGCCAACUACUAUCUUCUCAAAGGUCACUCUAGUGUCCAGACAGUGGUCCAUAUGUCAUAAAUAUAUGUUGCUGCACAAGCUGACAUCCAAAUGGGUCAGUUGACACCUUGUAAUAAUAAGUGUCUUGUCCCUAUAAACCAUAUAAUCUGACAAAUGAGUAACCAGUUAGAUACAAAAUUCAAAUGAGAUGCAGUAUUGUUGGCAACUGAGUCUAAGCAGAGCAAUAUGCUUGGCACAGCUUGACUGCAGGAGUUGCCAGAAGGAGGUGUACAAGGUGCCAUCCAGCCAUUUUAGGGACUCCACUCUGGAUUUGUAUAGGGUUUACUCCUGAGCCUUCUCUUGAAGAUAUCCCACAAGCAGCAAAGGUUUGGGACCAUAAUUUUCUUUCUAGAUGAGCAACUUUCCUGGGUUAACAAACUCCAUCUGCCCCUUAACUUCCCUCUACGGCACGUGCAGAAACCACUUUAUUGACCAUUGGACCCACUAUUGGCCUUGUCCGCUCAAUCUGCCAGAGCCUGUAUUCAUAUGCAGGGGAAGUCCAUAACACACUUAGGGUUUGAGACCUAUCAGCUACCCUCACCUGGUUUAGCCACCCACUUCAAACUAUUUCCAAGGGUGUGGCCACUGUCUCAUGCUGACAGCUUCUAGGAGCCACAGGUUGAGAGUCAAGUGCAGGAUGGGGACCAAAGGUGGACAAACUACCCUAGAAGGAGCAUGAUUUGUCCCCAACCCAGAGGUACUACCCCUCCCCUACCCCCCCAUACACCCUGAUGCAGUAUUAAAGUGUGGGAGCUAUAUUUCUUAUUGCUUGAAAACAUUUCCAAAACCUUUACUAAAUAUUUAGUAGGGCUACUAUGGACAAAUUGCUUUGGAGGCUAGGUAUAUUUUACUAGUUGACCAUUCCUAGAUAAUAAUAAGAGGCUGGUUUAUACAGUCUUUUCUCCCCUACCUGGAGAUGCUGGCAAUUGAACCUUGGAGCUGUGCAUGUGUUAAAGGAAUUCUGAGGUCUUAACUAUAGAAUAAAUGUUGAUAAUUGCACAAGGUAAACACACAUACAUAAGUAUAUAAACCACAUGUCUAAAAUAGUACAGGAGAGCAAUCCAAAAGACAUCUUGGCUCUCCUAAAGACUAAAUAUUUCCUCUGCCUCCUUAAUCCCCCUUGCCUGAGAACAGGUAGGCAGAUAGCAACCAGGACAACUUCCUGAAUGGAUUCCUCUCCUAUAUCUAUGAAUCUCCAUUGUCAUUUUUGCCCAGAUGCUCUGCAUUGAGGGAUGUCUGACAGACAUCCUGAUUGUCUUACCAAAUGCUAAUGUUCUCUGUAAACUGUCUGGAACUAUGUAAAACUUGCUAAAUCCUGAGCCACAGCGACCCUACCUUAUGUGUGAUGUAAUUUCUGACUGUAGAGGGGAUGUCCUCCAUGCCAAAAUGCAAACCCUUAAUAUAGGUAUUUCUUCUUGGUUCUGGGUCUCUUGCCUCCUUGCUAGGAGGUGAGGGAACUCUGUUGCAACAGAAAAAUAAAGAGCUGUCUUGCUUUCA